CAAUUCCCCAAUAAAAAUCUUUUAAAAACCCAAAAACAUAUAUAUUUAAGUUGCCUUUCUUAAAUACAGGGCACCCCAAGCCAGUCUGUGGCUCUGUCCUUGACUCAAGGUGCUCAGCACUGGCCUCCCCUCCCCUGCACAGAGCACAGCGCUUACGUAUGAACAGACUUGUUCUCACUCAGCGAAAGCAAGCCGGUGGUGGCCGCCUAUGAGUGCCUCGGUCCCCGGCGGAGAGGGGACUGUGGGACCUAGGAGAGGGGUUUGGGGCCCAGGACUGGAAGAGCUUUAGGCCCCAGCCUUUCCAGGCUGUCCCUAGCAGUAUGUCCCAGGCAAGGAUGACUCUCGGGCUGUGCAGACGCCUCCCUGCUCCCCAACUUGGGGUCUAGCUUAGCGCUCUGAGACCAGUGCCCUCUCCUUGUUUGUACAAGAACCUACAGCACCGGGGAGCCGGUUAGUCACAGUCACCGUGGGAGCCCUUCCUGUGUCCAGCCCCUGUGACCCCACCAACUUUGCAUGUCCUCACCGAGCUGUGUCACCUGCCCCUCACCACGGGGCCACCCAGCCGUCCUGCUGGCAUGCCUGUCCUUCCUUAGAGCUGGGAUGCAGUGCUCUGAGUGCCUGUCCCCGAGACGAGGCUGUCGCCCUGCACAGCCCCCCGACCCCCCACCCUCCAGGGCACUGAGCGCAAAGCUAAGGCUUUGCCAGCACCUCCCAGAGCACCGGCCACUGCAGACAUGCCCACUUGGGGGUGAAUGAGGUGCUAGCCUGAGGCAGUCCUUGUCUCAGCCCCAUGUCUCCCGAGAAGCCCCUUGAAGGCAGGGGGGCCGGUGCCCUUCCUCUCACUGUGUGUCCUCUGGCCCCCUCCUCGCAGCCUCAGCCGGCUGAGCUCUGUGAGCCGUCCUGGGCUGGGAGCUGGUUCUCCCACAUUCCAGGGUGAGUGACUGGGUAGAGGGUGUGCCUGCCUCAGGCUGCUUGGGGGGAGGCCCCUGGGGGGCUGGGGUAAAUCCUGGCCAGAGCUGCUCUCUGCGCCCCCCGCCAUGCCCCCCGCACUCUAGAGGGGACCCUGAGCCUUAGCCGUGCCCUGGGAUCCGGCACUUUGAGAGACAAGGAGGGUGAGAAGCAGGUUGACCGGGCUGCGCUUCUCAGUCCUCGGGCCGCAGAGUUAACGAGAGGGCGGCCCUGCAGGUGUUUCCCCUGUCCUCUGAGUAGGCCCUUCACCCCUGAGCUGGGCCGUGAACCCUCUGGGAGAGCGAUACUCAGAGCCUACGUCACAGAGGCUGAGAGAGCCAGGCCUGAGGGGAGCUUCGGGGUUAUGAGAGCCGAACAACCUGGUUUUUACAGAUGGGGAAACAGAGGCACAGAAUCCCACAGCUGGGGCGCUCCCGCCUCCCUCCUGCCACCCCAUGCUGCCCCCGCUCGGGGCCUCAGCGGGGUCUGUAGGGCGCGGUCCCUCGAGGGGAGCCCACCAUGAGGGCCUCACCCGGCCCAUGGGGACAGCACAGCCCAGCGUGGAGCUGAGCGGAGGCCUCUGAAGCGGCGGGACACGUGGUGUACGUCUGCGGCACCAGUCAGUGGGCUUACCUCUCGGCCCUGCCCCUCAACUCGCCCCAUGUGGCCUGGGCUCCGUGUAUAAAACGGGGGUGACCGUCCCUGUCUUACAGGGUUUUGUGAGGAUGAAAGUGGACUGUGCUGAAAGUGCCUGAGAAAACAGUAAACCGAUAUGAAGCGGCCCCGUCUCUGACCACUAGUGGGCAGCAGGCGGUGCUGGUGACCGCCACGGAGUGGAGACGAGAUGGGAGACCAGAUAGAGCCAUACACGGCCGUGUGGGUCCCUGCACUGCCAGCAGCGUGACAGGGAGGCCAGGGACAGCGGUGAGCAGGGCCAGGUCUGCAGGAGCGAUGGCGGCAACGCUGAUGCUUGGAUGGGGUCCGAGCAGGCGGAGAGCACCAAGGCCUUGCCAGCAAAGCAGGUGCCAGCGAGCGGGCCUACGGCUUGGGACGCCGGCCCUGGGCUAGGCUGGCAGGCCCGUCGCCACCCACUAGCCUGUGGACUCUGCCUGGGGAGCCUUUCAGCCUGAACGCUGGGUCUGUGGGGCAAAUCCCUAAGUCUCAGGGCCUUCUCUCCCUGUCGGGCCCCUUUGUCCCCAGAUCUCCAGAUGCUUGGGGCCAGCAGCCUCUGCGACCCAGGUUCCCAGGGAGGGGCUCCAGUCCCCCGACUUCCCCCUUGCCGGCCCCUCCCUGCCUCCCUGGCCUGUCCCCCACCCCCUGGAGGAAUUUCCUGGGCCUGAGGGCAGCCGAAAGUACAGAGCUCCCCCCCCAGCGACCCUCCCGUCACCCGCCCAGGCCUGUGCCCUGUGCCCAACCCCAGAGGGUGCGGGAUGACCGUCUGACAAUCAUUAAACCAGCUGGGCCUGAUUUCCCAGCAUGCCAGCUAGGACCCGGGCCAAGUGGCACAAAAUAUGCAAAUCACCUGGGGCCAGGCGCCCAGUCUAAAGGCCAGGAAAUCCCCUGGGUCCAAUGAGCCACCAGCUCAGGUUACGGGGCGGGUGGUGUGAAGGCCUGGCGGGGAGGGGCUCCACGCGGCUAUUUAGGGCAGGCGUGUGCGCUACCUGGCCAGCCGCUGCCUGGAUCUCCCGCCUGGAUCUCCCGCCAGCCUGCCGGCCCUUACCUGCCUGCCUGCCACGCCCGCACUGCCGCUUGGGUAGCCUCAUGGCUGCCACCUGUGAGAUCAGCAACGUUUUUAGCAACUACUUCAGCACCAUGUACAGCCCCGAGGACCCCGCCCUGGCCUCUGUCCCCCCUGCUGCCACCUUUGGGGCUGAUGACCUGGUACUGUCCCUGAGCAGCCCCCAGAUGCCGCUGGAGGGCGCAGAGAAGGCCAGCUGGCUGGGCGAGCAGCCCCAGUUCUGGUCCAAGGCCCAGGUCCUGGACUGGAUCAGCUACCAGGUGGAGAAGCACAAGUUCGACGCCAGCACCAUCGACUUCUCGCGCUGCGACAUGGACGGGGCCACGCUCUGCAGCUGCGCCCCCGAGGAGCUGCGUCUGGUCUUCGGGCCUCUAGGGGACCAGCUCUACUCCCAGCUGUGGGACCUCACUUACAGCUUCCCUGAUGAGCUCAGUUGGAUCAUUGACCUGCUGGAGAAGGACAGCGAGUCCUUUCAGGAGACCCUGGGGGACCCAGGCCCCUCUGACCAGGGGAGCCCCUUUGGCCAGGAGCUGUUGGACGACGGCCAGCAGGCCAGCCCCUGCUACCCCGGCAGCCACAGCACAGGGGCCCUGUCCCCGGGCAGCUCGGACGUCUCCACCACAGGGACGGGCGCCUCUCAGAGCUCCCCGUCUUCAGACUCCGGUGGAAGUGACGUGGACCUCGACCCCGCCGACAGCAAGCUCUUCCCCAGGGACGGCUUUCCCGACUACAAGAAGGGGGACCCCAAGCACGGGAAGCGGAAACGGGGCCGGCCCCGGAAGCUGAGCCGAGAGUCUCGAGAGAGCCUGGACAGCAGGAAGAGCAAGCAUGCCCCCAGGGGCACCCACCUGUGGGAGUUCAUCCGGGACAUUCUCAUCCACCCGGAGCUCAACGAGGGCCUCAUGAAGUGGGAGGAUCGGCAGGAGGGCGUCUUCAAGUUCCUGCGCUCCGAGGCCGUGGCCCAGCUGUGGGGACAGAAGAAGAAGAACAGCAGCAUGACCUACGAGAAGCUCAGCAGGGCCAUGAGGUACUACUACAAACGGGAGAUCCUGGAGCGGGUAGACGGCCGGCGGCUCGUCUACAAGUUCGGCAAAAAUUCCAGCGGCUGGAAGGUAGAGGAGGUUGCAGGCGGUCGGCACUGAGGGUCUCAGUGGACCCGGGACAAACGCACGGACUUGAGGCCGGCAGCCCCUACGGGAGGACGGCCGGCGAGCCCCCGCUGCGCUGCAGGGGAGGCUGAGGUGCCUGCUGUCCUCGGCCACCCGCUCGUGGAAUUACAAGCCCAGGGUUUGAAGUGACUCGUCCGCUGAGGGUGCCGCACGCGCUGCUCCCUUAUUUGUGCCUUCCGAGGCACCCCGAGACCCGGGCUGAGGACGCCGCCUUCCUCGUGCAGGUGCCCCGUCAGAGGCGAGGAGGCCCGGGGCCCAGGGCGCCAUGAGCGAGGGGACAGGACACCCCCACCUGCUUUCCGGACUGACUUGCACCCCCUCAGAGCUUGGACCCGCGGGCGGGGGUCAGGGUGCUCUCUAAUUUAUGUGAUAUAAAUAUGUCAGAUGUACAUAGAGAUCUAUUUUUUCUAAGACAGCCCCCUUCCUGCUCCUCUCCCACCGAGUGCUGCUGGCUGGACUGACCGUUCUCUGCUGGGCCAGCGAGGGGUGGGGGUGCCGGGACCCUCAACACAGGGCCCUGGUUCAUUUCUUCUGAAUGGAGGCACAGACCUCCAAUAAAGUGCCGUCUGG